CUCAGCAUCCUGUACCGCACACACAAUGCUGGGCCUCCUGAUGGGCAGAUCUGGACAAGUGCUGGUCAGCAGGGCCCCAACUGGCUGGAAGCCUCAUCCCUCAUUCAGUAUUGACACACCUUUCCAGAUCAUUAUUGAAGCCUACAUGGCUAUGGCCAAUCAAGUCAUUGCUAUUGAUGAUGUGUCUUUUACACCUGAUUGCCAACACAGUGUCUCCAACCUGCCAUCAUUGCCAGUUUCCACAACAGCUAAGCCAACAGUGCCUCCAACAACAAAAAUAUGCAGUAUAAUUGAGCUAAAAUGUGACAAUGGACAACAGUGUUAUGCCAAGACUCGGCUGUGUGAUAACAAGAAGGACUGUGCUGAUGGAAGUGACGAAGCAAGUUCAAAGUGCUCUUGUAACAGUAGACUUUGCAGGAAUGGUGGUCAAUGCUCAGUCAAAGCUGGUAUAGGACCAACAUGCAACUGCACUAACAACUAUUCUGGCCUUUACUGCAACAAUCCACCUGCUACAUCAGGCAGACACGGUGGCAGUAGCACAAAGAACUGGGCUAUUCCUGUGGGUGUCUCUCUGGGACUAGCUGCUGUUGGAGCCAUUACUGGCUCUGUCAUAUUCUUUUGGCGGAGAAAUAGAAGGCUUCCAUUUUUACGCCAACACCGGACUGACGACACACAGUAUCUAACCAAUGUUGUCUACGACAGCACAGAGAACACUGAUAACACACCGGGGACAGGACUUUAAUAUAGCCAUGCCACACAGAUAUUGUUAUAAUCAACACAAAUGGAUCUGCUGACAUUUAUCUCUAGUGACAACUCAGCAUCAGAAAAUAUGCACGUGCAUCAUGCAUUGUGGAACUGACAACUCUUUCUGGAAAGUGUCACCAUUGUUGCUAUUUCACAAA